CUCUCUCUCUCUCUCUCUCCUUUUCAUUCCCUCCUUUUAUUUUUUUGAAGGAUCCCUCCUCUUCUUUUUAAAUCCAUAGUAAACUCAAGCUCAGACAUACGUAACGAAUUCUGUUUAGAUUUGAUCUUCACUUAUCUCUCAGCUCUUUAAUGGAAGAAUACUAUUACAAGAGGAGUCAUGUACCAAAAUUUGGAAGCUGGGAUUGGAACGAUCAUAAUAAUUUCCCAUACACAAACUGUUUCGAUUCUGUGACACAACCCGGUUCACUACGCUAUAGUUACUCAGCUGAGUCUGAGGAUCGUGAUCUUUAUGGUACAGCAGAUUUCUACGACAACCAUGUUGUCUCAUCCACCAUGCUCCUUAAUGUUCCUCGUAAAAGGGCAAAGGUGACUGACAAACAUGAAAAAGAAAUCAAAAAGAAGAAUUGGGUCAGUAAGAUGGAUAUUGAACUAAAACCAAAUCCACAGCCCAAUUUAAUACCAACCUCAUUGCCUAUUGAAGAGGACUUAUACAACAUCUCACCACACCUUCCUUAUGCCAAAGUUAAAAAGAGAAGGGGGUUAUGUUUCUUUUCUACUUGCUUUUUACCAGCUUGCAUUGCUUGAAAUUACAAGAAUUGAAGUAGUGGUCCAAAGGCCAUAUAUGUACAAAUACGUGUAUUAGAGGAAUGUAUUGUUGGAUGAUGUAGCUUAUGUAAAUGCAGCAUAUUUAUUUUAUAAGAAAAUGCAGCAUAUUUUUGGUCCAAGAAGAUUACAAUGAUCAGGCUAUUAUUUUUUCA